AUGUUAUCAUUCAAACAAUUAAUCACAUUCUUCUCUUUAUUCCAAUUCAUCUUUGCCACUGUCAAAGGAUUACCAGCUACACCAUUUUUCAGUGCUGCUGUUGUUAAAAAUUUGGAAUUUGGUUUAACUUUUAAUGAACAAGAUAUACCAGGUGCUGGUACUUUUUUGAUUUCAACUGUUGCUUCUUCAAAUGAUAGUUCAAAUUCAAUUACAUUGAAAAAAGAUAGUUCUUAUAACAAAUUGAGUGAUUCAUUAUCAUCCAACUAUGUCAAUAUUGGAGCUACAACUGUUGUUGCUUCAUAUCAUUAUACUGGUUCAGGCAAUGUUAUUCUUUCUUACAAUGCUGAUUUAAGCUCAGAAAAAUAUACUGGUUCAUCAGUUAAAUUUGUCGGUUCUUUCAUUGAAGAUUCAGUAGAUGGUAAACCAGUUGAUGAUGUUUAUAACUUCAUCACUGACAAACUUCCUCUUUAA